GUAAAAAUAGGAUAUAUGUGCAUAUGUACACGUGUGGCAGGCAUCCCCACAGCAUCCUGUUGUGCGCCAGUGACGCUGUGGUGGGGAAGGAAAUGUGUAUUGGUGUUGGCAUCAGUGGACAUCGCGGGAGGGAGAUGUGAGGGAAGGAUCCACAGCCUGAAUGGCGGACCGGUGGUGGAGGUGCUGGGUGAUGAGAUGACCCGUAUCAUCUGGGACCUCAUCAAGCAGAAGCUGAUCCUGCCCUUCCUGGAUGUGGAGCUGCACACCUACGACCUGGGCAUGGAGAACCGGGAUGUCACCAAUGACCAGGUGACGGUGGACUGUGCCAAUGCCAUCAAGAAGUACAGUGUCGGCAUCAAGUGUGCCACCAUCACUCCUGAUGAGAAGAGGGUCGAAGAGUUCAACCUCAAGAAGAUGUGGAAGUCUCCCAAUGGCACCAUCCGCAACAUCCUGGGUGGUACAGUGUUCCGAGAAGCCAUCAUCUGCAACAACAUUCCUCGCCUGGUGCCGGGCUGGAAGAAACCAAUCAUCAUUGGCCGUCAUGCCCACGCUGAUCAGUACAAGGCAGUGGACUUCGUGGUGCCAGGCCGGGGGAAGCUAGAGAUCAGCUGGAUUCCUGCCGAGGCCGGAGCACCAGGAGUGAAGGAGGUGAUUCAUGACUUCCAGGGGGCGGGUGUGGCCCUCGGCAUGUUCAACACCGACGACUCCAUCAGGUCCUUUGCUCAUGCCUCCAUGGUGUAUGCCCUAGACCGCCAGAUGCCUCUCUAUAUGUCUACCAAGAACACCAUUCUCAAGAAGUAUGACGGCCGCUUCAAGGACAUCUUCCAGGAGGUGUAUGACAGUGAGUACAAGGCCAAGUAUGAGGCUGCCGGCAUCUGGUAUGAGCACCGGUUGAUUGAUGACAUGGUGGCGCAAGCCAUGAAGAGUGAGGGAGGCUUUGUCUGGGCGUGCAAGAACUAUGAUGGAGAUGUGCAGUCAGAUUCUGUGGCCCAAGGAUUUGGAUCACUGGGCAUGAUGACAUCUGUGUUAGUCUGUCCUGAUGGCCGCACUCUGGAGUCUGAGGCAGCUCACGGCACAGUGACGCGCCACUACCGCCAGCACCAGCAGGGCAAGGAAACCUCCACAAACCCCAUAGCUUCCAUCUUUGCUUGGACACGUGGUCUGGCCCACCGUGCCAAGCUGGACAACAACGAUGCCCUCGCCAAGUUUUCCCAGGCCCUGGAGGAUGUGUGUGUACAAACCAUUGAGUCUGGUGCCAUGACCAAGGACUUGGCCAUCUGCAUCAAGGGCAUGUCUAGUGUGACACGGGCAGACUACCUCAACACGUUUGAGUUCCUCGAUAAACUGGCAGAGAACCUCAAGAAGAAGAUGACUGGAGCUUGACUAACCUCUCCACCAGCCAGACUCUAGCACAACAUUCCCUACCAGCAGCCAGAAGCCAGAGCAAUUAGCUCUACUGGGGAAGAACACUUUUAUAGCUUUUCUCAUAUUGAAAGAUUGUAAAUUCCCAUCCCCAUAUGUUUAGAAGUAUUUUCCCUAAUAUUAUCAUAUCAGGGAUAGAAAAUUAGAGUCCAUUGUCUUAAAAAAUAAUCAGCAUUUUUUAUAUGUAUUUAAAUAUGUUUUCCUGUAAUGCCCUGCAAUGUGUCAGCAUACAUUUUUUUUUUUUUUUUUUUUUUUUGCCACAAUCCUCAGCUUGUAAAUGCCUUAACUGAUUGUGUGUGUGUGUGUGUGUGUGUGUGUAAUGAGAAAAUAUUGUCAUCUUGGUAUAAUGUUACAGGGUGAAAUGUUUUUUUACAGUGAUAUAUGAAUCUUAGCAGUCGAUGUCAGCAAAACAAUGGCAAUAAAUUAAUAUAUUUA